AUGUAUCCACCGUUUUUUAGUUUGGUGAAGAAUAACUUAAAUUUUUCGAAAAUAUCAAUUAACAUAAAAAAUAAAAACCUAUCUAAUCUUCUUAAGUUCAAAAUUAAUGAAAAUAUAAUCGAUGAUAAAAUAAAUGUAAAACCACAAGUAAAAUUAAAUAGGAUAAAACAAUGCCGUAGCCCCUUAAAUUGUCUUGUAACGAAUAUCUCAACAAAUAAAAAUAAGCCACCUCAAGUAUACAACAUAUUUAACAGUUAUAUUUAUAUUCCAGAUAUAAAAUACAAUAACGAUAUAUGCAAAGUAGAUACAUCCAGAAAAGUACUAUACUUUAAAUGGAAGGCCAGGAAAUCAUAUAAAAAACGGGUCCUUAAUUUACCAUCAACUAAAUCACGAAGAAGAUAUGCGCAAAAAAAUAGAUAA